UAGCUGCUGGCUUGAACGAAUUGGUGGAUGCGGAUAGAAUCGUGUAAUUUUGCUUUUGCAUAAACGACAUUUCUGACGCAAACAAAAUGGUUUGAAUUUCAAUAUUCUAGUUUCGGCUUUACUACUCCGGAAGGCAUCGGGAGCGAGAGGAAAUGGCAACGAGGCAAAUGGAGGAAAUACAGAAGAAACUGGCGACGCUGAAUUACUCGAGAGCCAAUGCUCCUGCGCAGUCUCUCCUCUUCGCUGGGAUGGAGCGCUACGCCCUUCUCGAGUGGCUCUUCUUCCGACUAUUGGGUGAUAAAUCACCGUUCUCGCAACAAAGUCAGCAAGGGGAUGCCAUGGUUCGCGACGAAGAGACUUCUCGCAUCCAAUAUUUGGCGGAGAUUGCAAAGUUCCUGGGAUUUACAACUACUAUAGAUACAGAAGCCAUCCAAGGACGAGGAAGCUAUGAAGAUCGCACUGAAAUGCUUCGUCUUAUUGUGGAUCUUGUAGAGGCAAGCAUCUAUGCUGAUAAUCCAGAAUGGAGGUUCAUCGAUGAACAGGUGACCAAGGAUAUACAACUUAUAGAUUCUAUUGCAGAAAAACAAGCUCAAAUAUUCUCUGAGGAGUGCAAGUUGUUCCCUGCAGAUGUUCAAAUUCAAUCAAUAUAUCCACUGCCAGAAGUUUCUGAGCUGGAGUCGAAGCUUUCAGAACAAUCAAAGAUACUAUUGAAUCUUCAACUGAAGGUUGACGAUUUGGCAUCAAAGCAUGCUUACAACCCAAAUGAGGAGUAUGCGGAGGUGGAAUCCCAAUUACGGGCACAUUUGGAAUCUUUUCUAGAAACUGCAAGAUCAUUCAAUAUGAUUUACACCAAGGAAAUUCGUCCUUGGACGCACAUGAUGGAGGUACCACAGCUCCAUGGGUUUGGCCCAGCUGCCAAUCGCUUAUUGGAGGCAUACAAGAUGCUUUUGAAGUUCCUAGGGAACUUGAGGAAUCUUAGAGAUUCCCAUGCAGCUCUAGCUGUUGGAUCGUGUGAAACAGUUGCUGGCGAGCCUUCUUCCGUCACGAGAAUAAUCUCCGAGUGCGAGUCGGCAUUGACAUUCUUAAAUCGUGACCUCGGAAUUCUCUCAGCUUCCAUUGCUCGCGAGCAGGGCGAGGAGGUGAAAUUACGAUGAAAUUGUUACACAAUUAAGCAGUACUGUUGACCAGGUGGAGUGGUUAUGCACAGACCCUUCCUCUUCUUUGGCGACAAUACUUGAAAAAUGUACUAUUGUCGCUUUAUAUAUAUACCGAAUGAUUUGAAUGUUCAGAGUGUUCAUGUUGGCUGCCUUGUCCCGGCCAGUAAUUACUGUGGUCUAAAGCAUAUUGACUUUCAUAUUAUUUUAAAGGCUUCAGCAAUUUUUAUU